AUGCCGCAGCUCAUCAGUGAGGAUGAUAUCCUCAGGAGCUCGCCGACACCACCCCAUGACGAGGUCAUCCGUGAUUCUGAUCUAGAAAUCAACACCCCGUCUAGGAAGAGACGAAGAAUCGACACAUCGUCACCGGAUGAUUUGCCGUCACAGGAUGCUUCCUCAUCGACCAGCCUCUUCUCGUCACCAACCCCAGUACGGCUUCGCAAAUUUGAGAUCAUGCAAUCCGAACUUAUCUACCCAAAGUCAAUGUACGACGGAUGGGCACCUCAGCUACCCUUCACGUCUGAGCGCAACGCAAUUAGUGAUUUUUUGAACGACCAACAACCCACCAGCGAGAUUACAAUUGAACUGACAGACUUUGUUAUUUACCGAUCUGGACAAGGGAAGCGGCGUCUGUUCGAAAUGGUACCACUUCACCAUUUGAGCGUGGAACCUGCUUGCAACAUGUUGCUUUUCGACGGCGUCGUCACCCUCGGUGAGGUGACAAAAUACGUACGUGGCGCACAGUUUGAGGUCAUGGCUAUUGCGGGCUACGUCGAAGAUUCCUUUGAUACCGUCGCCAAUAACAUCACCUUGAAGUCCACUUUGUCAAAGAGUGUUUGGUAUCAUUUGUCCACACCCGCAACAGAAUACCGUCGUUAUCAUGAGACGUUUCUCUGGGUGGCAGACUUGGCAAAACAUGCGAUUGACUUCAUGGCCAACGAAGACAAAGUAACACUCAAUGACUUUCAGUCUCGAUUCUACGACUGGUUGCUGCUCAGACAUGGAGACUCGAAAAUUUUCCGUACCUGGCUAUCAAUAUUCAGAAAAAAAGAUUUUCGGGCACCCAUUGCAGCAAACGUUGCGUUUUUAUGGAACGAAGCUCACAAUGUGAACGAACAAUUCAAGAAGGACCCUUUGUGGACGGAACUCAAUCAUAUUCAACACGGUCAGCCUGUCAAAGAAGAACAAAAAGUUAAGAGACAGCAGCAGCAAGGUGUCGACGGAACCGUUGUGACUCCUUUUGUCUUUGAAAACUUCAAACACAUGCCUUUUGCAAAAAUACUAAAACCACACCUACCGAGCAGCCAGCUCGCGGCCAAGUUGGAAAGUCAUAAGGCAUCACUCGGAUUUUUUGACGUUACCAAGAUCCAGAAGGCAGCAGAGAGCAACACCAACGAGAGCAACAAAGCUCACAUUAGGACCGGCGAUGUUGUCACUAUAGUUCGCGACCAGAACUCCGUAUGGAGGGAAAACGGAACGAAGUGGUUCGCCUGGAUCCAGGCUAUAAGCAAGGACCGCAUCGGCUUCUUUUACAAUGUUAUCUGGCUUUAUAGCCCAGCUGACACCACUUUAGCAGGUGGAAAAUACAGAUUUUCUAACGAACUGUUUUUCAGUGACCACUGCAACUGCCAGGCCAAUAAGGGCCAGGCACUUCGGUCGUCCGAUAUCCUACAGAAGGUGUCGGUAAAGUGGGUAUACGGUGCAGCACACGCUACUACGAGACAAGAUUCCGAUUUUGAUUACUUCAUCAGGAUGAAGUAUGACACAGACAACCAUUUCUUCAUUACUUUGAAGGAGACUGAUCGCCACUGCACCUGCGGCCAAGAAGCUUUGAAAAAAUAUUCCAUUGGUGAUACAGUACUUGUCCUCCAAGGUCGAGAAACCUUGGAUCCAGUUGUUGUGGUUGAGAAUGUUAACAAUGAGAUGGUGUCUGUCCGUCGGCUUCUGCGUCGGAAGAAAUUCCACCCAAAAGCCAAAGACAAUGAGCUUGUCUGGACAGAAGAUACUUUCGAAACGCUAACUCGUUCAGUCAAAAGUACUUGUUACAUACGUUUUUUUGAAGAGACGGAAGACAUUCCAGUCCCAUACGACCGCGAUGGCGCUGGCAACUUCUGGUACAUCACAUCAAGAUCACACGGCACGUCAAGAGCUGACAGGCGCACGGAGCCAUUACGCCGGCCUUUCCCUACGACAAUGAAACAAGGAUUUGAUCCAAGACAAGAACCGCCGAGAAAGCCGCUGAAUGCAAUGGAUUUGUUUUGUGGCGGCGGUAAUUUCGGUCGUGGCCUAGCGGAAGCCGGAGGAAUCAAAUGCCUGUGGGCAGUUGACUGGGAAAGAAAUGCCGUUGACACCUAUCGCGCAAACGAAGCUGAGACGAAAGCAUCAAUCUUUUGGGGAUCAGUAAAUGACUACCUCGCGGCGACAAUCGAAGGUUCGACGAAUGGAGGAUCCAAAUCCCAACUAAUUGCCAGAGUUGGGGAUGUGGAGUUCAUUGCUGCCGGGACACCGUGUCAGGCUUUUUCCAGUAUGCAACCGGACACUACAAGUCAGGAGUCUUUACGGAACGCUUCAAUGGUUGCCUCUGUAGCUGCCUUUAUCGAAGUCUAUCGGCCCAAGUACGCACUUCUGGAAAAUGUUGUGGCGAUGACGCAUAAAAGACGAAAGGGCAGCAGCGACAUCUUCCCACAGCUGCUUUGCGUAUUGGUAGCCAUGGGAUAUCAAGUAAAGCAGUUUCUAGUUGACGCAUGGUCUACUGGGAGCUCGCAAAGUAGAUCACGCUUGUUCGUGUCGAUUGCUGCACCCGGUCUCGUUCCGCUCCCAGCGCCAACCUUAACGCACUCACACCCGGCUGGUACAGGAAACUCCUCACUGGGCGAGAAUGCGUGUGCAGCCAAAUUUGGCACGCGACAAUUUGGCCCGACUCCGUUCAAAUUUGUCACAGCUUCCCAAGCUACACAGGACCUUCCAUACAUUGGCGAUGGCCACGUGCAAACAUGCAUCCAAUUCCCAGACCAUCGACUAUGCCGCUUCGAAUCCCAGACAGUCAACAGCUACAUAAAAUCGGUGCCGAUUUCUCCGCCUGGUAUGACAUUGAUGAAAGCCAUCAACAUUGUGCCGGAGCAUAUAGCAAAACACUUCUUGGAGAAUAGCAGCAAAGCACGCACGUCGGAGUCAAGCAGGUCCUAUUCAAGGAUUUUUCCUGAUGGUCUGUUUCCUACUAUCAAGACCGCCGCAACUGCGGCGGACGCAUGGACGGGGCGCCUACUACACUGGCAAGAACACCGAGUCCUAACCAUUAUGGAAGCCCGCCGCGCCCAAAGCUUUCCUGACAAUGAAAUUAUUUUGGGCACACCAAGUGGACAAUGGCGUAUAAUCGGCAAUAGCGUGGACAGGAAGGUCGCAUUGAAUCUGGGAGUGGCAGUCAGGGAAGCCUGGCAUGCGAAUUCACUCGACGACAACACCAACACUGAGCCUUUUGUAAACGGCACACAGACACAGCUGAACUCAUUGACGGAAUCAUAUCCCCACCAAUCAGUAUCUCGCCAUUCCACACCGACUCCUCGACCCUCUCCUUCGCACGCACCAGUGAUCAUCGACCUCACGAACUCUGACAGUGAAGCUGAGAACAAGAAGCCCCAGUCCAGGGCGGCACCAACACCCGGCGAAAACUUCACAAGGCGGAGGUACCUCCGUUCCGGCUCCACUCAAGCGAAACGGGUCAACGGAGACGCCGACAUGGAAGGCGCUUGA